AUCCGUCAAGUGUUUGACACAGGGCAUAUGUCCUAAAUACGAUGGGAGCGGCAUAACCCAUUAUUUAUCUAAAGCUCUACUACACGUACGUUAACUUGAUAAAGUGACUAAGUUGCAUUAUCGCGAGUAUGCCGCUAACUAUUGAUUUUCCGAAAAUAUCAUACUUAAGACUUCGGGGAGUUUCCACUCAGCAUUUACGCCCUUACCUUAUCAAUACCGCGCACAUGUAUAGUGUAUUCGUGAAAUGCUUAGCUAAGGAGUGCUCGAGACUCCAGGACGGAGAUAAUGUUACCCCGCUGAUUCCAGUUUCUCCAACCGUAAGACAUCCGUGCAAGCAAGUUAAACUAGGAAAUAUUCAGCCACCAGAGAUGCUGCUGCAGAUAUAUUCAUUGUGCAUUUUGACAUUGGAUCUCGUGACACUCGUUAUCGGAGUGUGCUACACAAUCCUAAUCGCUGUCUACAGAAUGUUUAGACCACCACCAUUGAAAAAUCUCAACUAUGAAGUGGCUAUGGUCGUAGGUGCAGGACGUGGGAUAGGCAAGGAACUUGCUCUACAACUGUGUCAAUUUGGUGUCGUGGUUGCUUGUGUAGAUAUUAACGUAGAAACUUGCACUUCUACUGUGCAACGUGCUCAACAGAUACAUGGAAUAUGUAAAAGCUACCAGUGCGACGUGAGAAAUAAGGAUGCAGUUGCUCAAAUUGUGAAUCUUAUUAAGAUCGAAUUAGGAAACAUUACAAUGCUUUUCCAUUGUUGUGGUUUGCCCAGCCCACGUACAUUAAUACAAGAAUCGUCAGAAGUAAGAGACACUAUGGACUUAUCAGUCAUCAGUCAUUUUUGGUUGUUGGAUUCAGUUUUGCCAUGUAUGCGACAAGCUGGUAAAGGCCACGUUACAAUCCUCUCAUCCGUUGCUGGUCUUUCUAAUGGAUCGAGUGGUCGAGGAACCCGGGUUCCCUUAUCUACUGCACAAUUUGCGGUUCAAGGAUUAGCAGAAUCCUUGCAUAUGGAAUUAAGACAUUCAAAUAGCAACAUCGUCGUUUCAUUGGUUCAUGUUUAUCCCUUUAUUGUUGGAACGGAAGUUGCAAAAGACAUACGUUUUAGAAUACCGAGUUACUUUGGUACAAUGCCUGCCACAGAAGCUGCUAGACAAAUUUUAGAUGGUGUUCGUCGAAACUACGCGGAGUUUAGUGUACCAGGAUAUUUGCUUUAUCUCGGGCAUGUACUUAGGAUUCUUCCAAAAAAGGCAUCUUUUAUGUUACGCGAUUUGUUAGACACUGGAGUUGACUUUGCGUAAUACUCGCAAGGCAAUAAUUUUCAAAUAGAUAUGUAUGAUAAAACAAAACUGUUUAAUUUACAACACCUGAGCAGGCAAGAAAGAAAUGCAGACCGAAAUAAUCAUUCACGAGCGUAUUUGUAUGUAAAAUUUAUAUAUAAGAGACACAUUAAAUAUAAAAGGAAAUAUUUUCU